AUGCCAGGCGGCGUCGCCAUCAUGCCCCCCUGGCCCGAGAUCCUCUCCAAGUACAACAUCCUCCUCUCCCAGUCCCACAGCUUGUCAAUGACCCUCGCCGCCGCGCACCAGGCGAGCACCGCCGCGCAGGGCAACCCGUACGAGCGGAUCGCGCUCGCGCCGCACGGGCCGCUGUCGGACGCGCAAGUCGACGGCGACUUCAUCCACCACCUGCGAAUGCAGCCGACGGUGGACGUGCUGCGGGCGGAGAACAACGCGGUGCGGCAUCUGGCGGGGAACAUGGACACCAAGGGCUCGCUGGGGGCCGGCCGGAGUACGAGGACGUGCGAGGAGAUGCGGGUGGAGCGUGGGACGCGGGUGGUGGAGCUGAUGCGGGAGAGGUACGACUGGAAGUCGCGGGUGGAGAUGGACCAGGAGGAGCCGGAGGACUGGGAGCCUGGGUUUGGUGGGGGUGGAGGUGAGGUGGGUGGGCACACACCGAGCGGGGGGCAGAGCAACGACGGCGAGGAGGAGGAGGGGCUGGAGGAGGUCCUAGCACCCUGGUCCUCCUACCUGCCAUUGAAAGAAAGCCACACCGGCGUCGACUGCUGCAUCCACAAGCUAUUCACCGAUCUCCUCGGCGUACACGAGCUUCUCAAACUCGUUCUCGACUCCAAUACCGCAAUCCCGGCAUCCGGAAUCCUCGACUUUGAUGCGUGUCGCUUGUCCUCGCCCGUGCCCCCGGCAAGCUCUCCACGCCAGCUCGUGAUACUCGACCUUCGUCUGGGCGGGUACCUCAAGGGAAUGCACGACACGAGCAAGAUAGACUGCUGGCGAGAGGCGUUCACGUCGUUCGUCGAGAGCACGUUCGACCACGCGGAGGCGGCGGGCACGCACGCGGACUCGUUGCGCGCGAUCGGCUUCUUCCUCGUCGACGACUGCGAGGUGCCGAUGUUCGUCACCUUCACCGGAGACGACGCUCCGACGCUCGCCGACUUCGAUCCCCAUGCGGACACGGAUGCGUACGGAGGCCCACUGGUGCUGUUCGUGCGGCAGAAACCGAUCUAA